AUCCGCCUGUAGAUUUCCGCUGACACAUAAAAGUAUUUAACCCAGUUUUUUUUUUUUCUCGCUCUCUUUCCUGGAUUAGCACAUAAAGCAUCGUCGCUUCGUUUCUCUUAGAUGAAGAAUGGGCUGCGCAAUAUCAGGUUUAGCUGCAAAGUCGGAGUUUGCAGGAAGGAAUACAGAGGAUGCUGCUGCUGCUGCUGCUGCUGCUGCUGCUGCGCAUCCCAGCGAGGAUCAGAUUCAGAUGAUCAAGGACUCGUGGAAAGUUAUCCGGGACGAUAUAGCCAAAGUUGGGAUUAUUAUGUUCGUCAGGUUGUUUGAGACCCAUCCUGAAUGCAAGGAUGUUUUCUUCCUGUUCCGAGACGUGGAGGACCUGGAGAGGCUGCGGACCAGCCGGGAACUCAGAGCUCACGGCCUGAGGGUGAUGUCCUUUAUUGAGAAAAGCGUGGCCAGACUGGACCAGCUGGAGCGACUGGAGGCUCUGGCUCUGGAGUUGGGAAAAAGCCAUUAUCAUUACAACGCUCCACCCAAAUACUACAGCUACGUCGGAGCAGAAUUCAUCUGUGCAGUGCAGCCCAUCCUGAAGGAGCGGUGGACAUCCGAGCUGGAGGAGGCAUGGAAGACCAUGUUCCAGUACGUGACCAGUCUAAUGAACCAGGGCUACCAGGAGGAGAGCGCCCGGCAGCGCCACCUCGCAGCCUCCUCGAAGGAAAGACCGGACAAGAAGAACACCGCGCUAUGAGACCAUACUGACCCACAACAGACUGUUUUUACCAGUUCAGCACAGAUGUGUGUGUACAUAGUGUAUCUAGUGUCUGGUUUUCUACAUUGCUUAUAUUUAGUUAUUACUUCAUCAGAAUGGACAGAAACACACAGUGACUUUAAACAAAGCACUUUAUUUCUCAACUUAAAUUCUGCUGCAGUCCUCUUCCAUGACAACAGGACUCAGGAGCAUGAAGGGACAACACAGGUGGCUGACAGAACGGUCUGGCUGUACUGAAACCGACCUUGUAAUUAUGAAAAACAAGAAGAAGUGACAUUAGAAGUACAGCCAACACGUUGUCUCCGUAUUCAUAACUCAAACAUGCCUUUCAGUAAAUCUACAAACAUUUUUGUGCUGUUUAACUCAAUCAUGACAGAAACGGUAACUCUGAAUUAACCACAUUAACUGAAGCUUUACAGUACAUUUAAUUGGUGUUUAACAAAUCAAGACGGCCAGUUAACAGCUUGGCGUGGACGUGUACAAACAGAACGGGGGGCACAAAAAUAUUCAUUGUACUUCAAAAGGUAAAAUAAAAACUUUUUAUCUCCCAUAUUGAGCAAAAUCAAAUACAGUGAAAUCUGACAAAAAUAAAAAAAAA